AUGAUAAAAAGUUUUAUUGCUUUAUUUAUUCUAUUUAACGCUGUCAAUGCCGUGCUUCCAGGCACAUGGCCGCCGCUCGAUCAACCCGUAGCGGCAGUCGCAGCAUGGAAUUCUCUGGUUGACAUGUCAAAAGUAACAAAUGCUCCUCAACUCAAUCAGCUUACGAGCUGUGCGCAGGCUUCGGGAUUUUGUCGAUUUCCCUGUGGUUGCACUCGUGCCGAUGAUAUCGUCAAUUGUCCGACUAAAAAAACUUGGGGUCUUACGUUCGAUGAUGGUCCUUCGCCCUUCACAUCGGGAUUAGUAGAUUUCUUAAAUGCUCAAAAUGUCAAGGCUACAUUCUACGUAGUGGGCUCGCGCGUCUUUCAAUACCCAGACGUUUUGAAGAAAAUACACGACAGUG